GCGCACUAAAGGACACGGAAGUCACAAUAAUCAAACUGCCGGUGUAACAUGAUGGACUACGUGAGAUCUUUGUUUUGCCUUGUGGAGCUGUAUAUAAUAAAGCGAGGUAUUUUUAAUCUGAACUAACACAUAGAUUUCACUCGUUGUUCUACAACACUCGAUUUAUCAGAUGGUUUGUUACUGUUUUCUGUGAAGACAUUUUUUGUUUUUAUGGGACAUUACUAACUGAGAACAGCAGAGACAGAGGCAUGAGGGGAUCAAAGCACAUAAUGAAUGUUUCUGUCUGGAGAAAAGACUGCUGUGAAAAUAUUGCUUGAAGCUGCAGCCUGUACGUGGAGUGACCUGAAUUUCUCUGUCAACACCUUUUGGAAGAUCAGGUGUGUACAUCUGUGUACGUGUGAUUUCUCUUUCUUUUCUGAAAGGAUUAUGAUGUCACUUGGGUGAUGGCUGUGUCUGUAAUCCCUGUCCCAUUGGGCAACACAGAUCAAUGCUGUGGACAUGCAUGUCAUGAACUUAUGAAGUGUGAACAUACUGCUAGUUUUACAACAAACUUUAAAACAAACUAUUCAAAUGGAAGAUGGAAAUACAUUUAGUGCGGUAUAUAUUUAACCUGAAAUGAAAUUACACAAUUUCUCAGAACACUCAAAUAUUUAAUAACUUUCUGUUAUGUCUAUUUUCUGUCAUUGGUUUGAAAAACAUACUGGAAGUGUACGGUGCAAUGUAAGUCACUUUGGAUAAGUGUUUGCUGGAGUCUUAAUUAAAGACCCAAAAACCAAUCCCCGAAUGUAGAUGCAGACAGCAUUAGGUCUAUCAGUGAAUAGAUUACAGAUGCACCUGCUAUGAAUGUAUAUUCUUGCAUCUCUUCUCCAUUCACAAAACUAAAAAACGUCAUUAAAAUCCCAGGAUAACCUUGUUUCACCUUGUCUCACCCACACUCCCAACAUCUGUUGCGUGAGAUUCUACUGCGAAGUCUCUGUUCUGAUUGACAGCUCUUUUUCCUCAAUGGCAGAAGCAUCCCCAAGAGAUACUGUCCUCUGUACUGCACAGGUAAACAACUGCAGCAGGUAAAAUAUUGACAAACAUGUACAUUUGUUACAGGUUAUCAAUCAGGAUUUUCCAACAUUUUGAGAUCAUUUGAGAUGUAAAAUGUUUAUUUCACAAUAAAAAAAAUUUAAAUCACAGCAUCAGAGAAAAAGUAAAAAGAACUUUGCGGUACCCUGAAAAGUUCAUUUUUGUAUCUUUAUGGGUAUACAACACAUUGAAAUGUACCUUUUGGGGUACAAUAUUACACUUGUAGGACCUAUUAUGUACCUUUAAGGACCAAUUUUGUACACGUUAAAUAUUAGGGGUACAAAACGUUUAACUGUACCUUUAAAGGUACACAAUAGGUAAUUAAAGGGACAUUCCACUUUUUUUGAAAAUAUGCUAAUUUUCCAGAUCCCCUAGAGAUAAACAUUUGAUUUUUAUCGUUUUGGAAUCUAUUCAGCUGGUCUGGCGGUACCACUUUUAGCAUAGCUUAGCAUAAUCCAUUGAAUCUGAUUAGACCAUUAGCAUCGCAGAAAAAUAACCAAAGCGUUUCAAUAUUUUUCCUAUUUAAAACUUGACUCCUCUGUAGUUACAUCGUGUACUAAGACCGAUGGAAAAUUAAAAGUUGCGAUUUCUGGUGUAAUAAUCAAACUUUGCUGCCGUAACAUGGCUGCAGCAGGCGCGAUGAUAUUACGCAGCGCCUGAAAAUAGUCCCCUGCUAUUGAAAGUAACCAGGGGACUAUUUUCAGGCAGUGCGUAAUAUCACUACAUGCGUAAUAUCAGCUGAAUGGUAAAAAUCAAGUGUUUAACUCUAGGAAAGUUGGAAAAUGAGCAUUUUUUUUUUUAAGUGGAGUGUCUCUUUAAGGUGCAGUAAUGUACCCAAAAAGGUACAGCAUUGCAUUAUGUUUUGUAUACCUGUAAAGGUGCAAAACAGGUACCACCCCAGCAACAGAAAUGGUACAGUUUUGAUUUAUUUGAUACAUUUUCACCCUUUUUUAUAGAAUGUUUCCCAAUUAUUAGUAGACAUAUUAAGUCGCUUUUUAGGACACAAAUUGACUGGAUAUAUUUUUAAUAGCUGUGAACAAAGUAAGUGGAUAUAUCCAAAUAAAAUGGAAAAAUCACAUGAGAUUGAACAAGUUUCUACUUGAGAAUAGUGUAAGAUACAAUGUACCCUGCACAGAUUUUUUAUCUGAGAUAAAGACACCUGCAAUCUCAUUUGUAUCUCUCGAUUUAGAACAGGCUGCGCUCAGGUUUUCCAAAAAUAUUAAAUUCAGUUACAUUCAGUCAAGUAAUUCACAUAUGAACUCUAAAUUAUUUUCAUCACAUACUGUACAGGUAAACCGUGCUAAAUAGGUUUGAUGGUAACACCCAUAAAAGGGGAGGGGUGUGUUGUGUUUGGGGAGGGGGUGAUCAAAGAGAAAGCCAAGGGAGGGAAGAGUCAGAGAGGUCUUUCAAUCUGAGACUGACACACUUGUUGCAAAGCAAGGACACUUGUGGAUCAGACUUCUCAUGUGCCCUUAAAAUGUUGAAUGAGAGAGAUGACUGUGAUAUGCAUGCAAAGGAGCAAUUCAUCAUAUCUCAUGCCGCUCUUUGCACCAUCCCGCUCGGGUUUGCCACUGGAGAUGCUGCUGUCGCCUCAGCGGAGACUAUGCGAGGCGUUUCUGAUGCUCAAGGUGACAGAAACUCUUUUCAUGACCGACCCCGUUUAAGCAGGUGUACGGCUCUGCCUGGUAACAGCCUUGAAGAAUCGGACCGGCAACGUUACCCGGACAAAGCAGAUACCUGUAUGUCAGAUUCUCGUGAUGGGGAGGUAUCUAAACAGACAGAGCUCUGCGAGGAGUUUGGACACCAUACGCACAGGUUAUACGACAGCGAUGAUGACCUUGACUUUCAUGGGCACCACCACUGGCAUUCACAUGAAAGUAACUCAUAUCAUUCAUUCGAGGCCAUGCAGCGCAGACACACCACCCUAAGGGAGAAAUGCCGGAGACAGGCCGUUCGUGGCCCGGCGUACAUGUUCAGCGAAAGGGGCACCAGCCUUACUGCCGAAGAAGAGAGAUUUCUAGAUGCCGCUGAGUACGGAAACAUCCCUGUAGUCCGUAAGAUGCUCGAGGAGUCCAAGACGCUGAACGUGAAUUGCGUGGAUUACAUGGGCCAGAAUGGAUUGCAGCUCGCCGUAGGCAACGAGCACCUUGAGGUCACCGAACUGCUGCUGAAGAAAGAGGGGUUGGCAAGAGUGGGCGACGCCCUGCUGUUGGCCAUCAGCAAGGGCUAUGUGCGGAUAGUGGAAGCCAUCUUGGCCCAUCCGGCAUUUGAAGGCGGACUCCGUCUGACCCUGAGCCCCCUGGAGCAGGCGCAACGCGAUGACGACUUCUACGCGUACGACGAAGACGGAACCCGGUUCUCCCAAGACAUCACACCCAUGAUUCUGGCCGCUCAUUGCAAAGAGUACGAAAUCGUCCACAUCCUUUUACUCAAGGGCGCUCGCAUCGAGAAACCUCACGAUUACUUUUGCAAGUGCGGCGAGUGUGCGGAGAAACAGAAGCAGGACUCCUUCAGCCACUCGCGUUUGAGGAUGAACGCUUAUAAAGGCCUCGCCAGCGCUGCCUAUCUGUCAUUGUCCAGUGAAGACCCCGUACUCACAGCCCUGGAACUCAGCAAUGAGUUGGCACAACUGGCAAACAUCGAAACUGAAUUUAAGAACGACUACAGGAAGCUCUCCAUGCAGUGUAAGGACUUUGUGGUUGGAGUUCUGGAUCUCUGCAGGAACACGGAAGAGGUGGAGGCCAUCUUGAAUGGAGACGUGGACCAGGACCCUCCGAGUGAACACCACAGGCCCUGCUUGAGUAGGGUCAAACUGGCCAUAAACUACGAAGUAAAAAAGUUCGUGGCUCAUCCUAACUGCCAGCAGCAGCUGUUGACACUGUGGUAUGAGAAUCUGUCCGGUCUCAGGCAACAGUCAAUAGGUGUAAAAUGCUGGACAGUGCUGGGAGUGAUGAUGGGCCUGCCAUUUCUUGCUAUCGCCUAUUGGAUUAUGCCCUUUAGCAAAGUAGGUCAGGUUCUCCGCAGUCCCUUUAUGAAAUUUGUAGCUCACGCCGUCUCAUUUACGCUCUUUUUGGGCCUUCUGGUUCUCAAUGCUUCAGACCGAUUCGCAGGGGUCAAAACCCUUCCUAACGAAACCAUCACUGAUCAUCCACGUCAGAUCUUUCGCAUCAAAACCACUCAGUUCUCUUGGACGGAGUUGUUGAUAAUGGAAUGGGUGCUAGGAAUGAUCUGGACAGAGUGUAAGGAGGUUUGGGCUGAUGGGCCGCGUGAGUACAUCAUGCAUUUGUGGAACGUGUUAGAUUUCGGCAUGCUGUCUGUAUUUGUGGCAUCGUUCACCGCGCGGUUUAUGGCCUUUCAGCAGGCCUCCCGCGCACAGCUCUAUGUGGACUUGUAUGUGACCAAUGCAGACCUGAGCAAUGCCUCAUUACCAGCAGAAGUAGCUUACUUCACUUACGCCAGGAACAGGUGGCUUCCCUCUGAUCCUCAGCUCAUCUCUGAGGGCUUGUACUCCAUCGCUGUGGUUCUGAGUUUCUCACGCAUCGCUUACGUUCUGCCAGCCAAUGAGAGUUUCGGACCCUUGCAGAUAUCCCUCGGCCGCACUGUUAAGGAUAUUUUUAAGUUCAUGGUCAUUUUCCUCAUGGUCUUCCUUGCUUUUAUGAUCGGCAUGUUCAAUUUGUAUUCCUACUAUUUGGGAGCUAAAUACAACGCUGCAUUUACCACAGUGGAGGAAAGCUUCAAAACACUGUUUUGGUCCAUCUUUGGCUUGUCUGAGGUUAUCUCUGUGGUCUUAAAGUACGAUCAUAAGUUCAUCGAGAACAUAGGUUACGUGCUGUAUGGGGUUUACAAUGUCAUAAUGGUGGUGGUGCUGCUCAACAUGCUUAUAGCCAUGAUCAACCACUCGUAUCAGGAAAUUGAGGAAGAUGCUGAUGUUGAAUGGAAGUUUGCACGUGCCAAGCUUUGGCUCUCCUAUUUUGAUGAAGGAAGCACUCUUCCACCUCCGUUUAAUUUAAUACCCAGCCCAAAACACUUCUACUACCUGGCUCAACGCUUAAAAGCACAUCUGGAGAGUUCACAUAAGGCCAGGUGUAACAACAGCAGUCAGGACGAUAUGGGAAUGGUCAAUUCACAGUCAAAGCUUCAUCGGUUUAGACCUUAUCAAGGAACAGAUGGAUUCACAGUUAAAAAUACCAUCAAGCACCCAACAAGAUAUCAGAAUCUCAUGAAACGCCUUAUAAAGCGGUAUGUCCUUAAGGCCCAAAUUGAUAGUGAAAGCGAUGAGAUCAAUGAAGGUGAGUUAAAGGAAAUUAAGCAGGACAUUUCCAGUCUCCGCUAUGAGCUCCUGGAGGAAAAGUCACAGGCCACAGAAGAACUUGCUGAACUGAUUCAGCAGCUUGGAGACAAACUCAGCAAAGGAACCAAAAGACCUUAAAAAUGAACCUCUGUGACUGUAUUAAGUGCCCUAGACCAAAAAUAAAUGCCACGCCUUUACAGCCAUGUAAAUUGAUAUGUGUUGAAAAGAUUGUUUAGAUACUGAUUUAAAGUUUAUUUAUAAUUUUACUCUGUUUAUGAUGUUGUUUUAUGAAAUUUAACUUGAGGUUGUUUUCUGGGCUGUAUGCUAUACAUAUAAAAGCAAUUAAACUAAGCAAUCAUUAAAACUCAGGAGAGAUUCAGUUAUAUAAAUUAAUAUGAAUAAAUUCAAAUGAAUAUUUUA